AUGCUUGGUGAAGGAGUUCUGGACAGCUGCUGGAAAGAAGAUUGGUGGCAUAUUAUGUUCUGUCUCAAUUACGUCUAUCGAAGGUCGGAAUCUGAAAACAGCACGAAUGGAGACGAAAUACCUAUGGAGAUGGAUCUUACAACAGCUGGACCACCAUUGUCGGAUGACGAUUCUGCCACUGAAAACAUCGAUGUGCAGGCUAAAACCAUUAUGUACGCUCGAAUGAUCCUACCUCAUGUGGGUCUUGUUAUGCUACUUGUUGUUUAUCUUCUGAUAGGUGCUACAGCGUUUCACUAUUUGGAAGGCCCAAAUGAAAUCGAAACUCGUGAUCGUGAAUUGCGUGAAAUUUUCGGCUUGCGGAAAAAUUUCCAUGAUAUGGUUUGGAAUCUAACAGUUUCUGGUGAUAACUUGUUAACAAGAGAAUCAUUUGAUCUGGUCGGACAACAGUAUUUCGAAUCAUUGGUUCUUGCCAUGUUUGAAGCAUAUCGAAAUCAAUUUGUAAAUGAAAAUCAUUUAUUAAAUAGAACAAACGGUGAUGCAAUGUUGUGGACUUAUGCGAAUAGCAUUUUUUUUGCGACUACUGUUAUUACCACUAUAGGAUACGGUAAUUUGGUGCCAGCAACACAGUUUGGCCGUAUCGCAUGUAUAUGUUUUGCCUUGUUUGGUAUCCCAUUACUCUUGGUGACCAUAGCGGAUAUAGGCAAAUUUUUGUCAGAUUUUUUGAGCUUUCUUUAUCGAACCUAUCGAACGUUUAAACGAAAGGUGCGACGACAGUCACGACGCAUUUCACAUCACUACCGAGAACAUAGCUCGUCUGCUCGAAGUAGUUUAGAAUCGACGAAAGCUGGAAGCAUGAAUUUAAACAGCAUCGAUAUUGAUUCAGAAUCCAGUUGUGAGGAUGAAUUGCGUAUUCCGGUUGUAAUGGUACUAUUUGUAUUAGUUGCUUACACAGCAAUUGGAGGAUUGUUAUUUCGGGCGUGGGAAGGAUGGCAAUAUUUUGAUGCUUUUUAUUUUUGCUUCAUUACGAUGGCCACUGUUGGUAAGCCUUGGAUUUAUUUGCCAAUAUUUUUCUUCAAUGAUACGGGAAAAAACAAAGUUAGAUUUGGAGACAUAGUGCCUACUGAGCAAGUAUAUAUGUUCUUCACAAUGGCUUAUAUCAUCUUUGGCUUGGCUCUGGCUACAAUGUGCAUAGACCUUGCCGGCACGGAGUAUAUCCGGAAAAUUCAUUAUUUAGGCACUAAAAUGGAAGAUGCAAAAGGAGCUGUGAUGACAGGCUUGCAAGCUGGUGAGCAUUUGUUGAAGCACACUGGUAUUGAAGUCAUUCGUACAGCGGGUGGUAAAUUAGUUCAAGUUCGUGGAGCAGUAUUAAAUCAAAAACAAGCACGUGAACUUGGUGUUGACUAUAUAUUAGCUGAUUUACAGUAUCAACAAAAAAAUAUUUUAUAUGAACCUUUGAGUCCAACAGUGCAACGUUUAGUAAAAAGUAGUAAUAUUAAGUUAAAUUCUUCUGGAAAAUUGCAAGCAUCUCAUGGAUAUUUUAAUGCUAAUAUAUUACCUGGUGACAUAACGGAGAAAGAUGGUUAUAUAAUGCAAAAUAAAAAUUAUGAUAAACCUGGUGGAAAGUAUUUUCGCAUGUCGCAGCGAAAUGAAAAUUAUAUUCAUCGUCUUUUGGUGCCUACAACGGGUGAAGUAGCUAUAAUCGUGCCUAUACUUCUAAAGGAAACUCAUGUUUGA